AUGCACAGCUCUAAAACCUGUGGCUCAAAUCCACCGACAGCAACCUCUCGGAGACAUGCAUUCAUCGCCAGCACACGCGCUGUGCUUCUCAAGGCAGGCAGAAAAGCUGAGGAAGAAAAGUCAGAGAGAGAAAGAGAGAGAGAGAGAGUGGUUGUAUCUCUUGAAUCUAGAUCUCGGCUCCGAAGGAUAGGAGGAGAAAGAAGACCGACCGACUUGCUCCCGUCCUUCCUCUGUGCGGCCUUUCUGUCGUACCAUCCCUCCAUGCAUAAAGAGACCCAUUGAAUCCUGCACGGUUAGCUUCCUGUACUGAGCGACAGUAGAGAUGCUUUGAUCUGUUGCAAGGAUUCGGACUUGGCCAAUCUUGUUUUCCCUCAAAAGGGCUUUGGAUACUGACACGGAUCCAAGGAGAAAUAAUUGUGUUUCUAAAUACAUGCACAUGGAUUCUUCUACUAGUUAAGGGAAUUUUGAUCUGUCUGUCUUAGGACGUGCAGUUCAUCCUUGCUCUAAUAGCAUCAGUUGAUUUGCUCCUCCACCUUUUUGCUUGCUCUGUUCACUUCAGUGUCUUGUGUUUGGCUGAGGGUCUCAGUCCUUUUAACUCUUGGAGCAUAGGUUAAGCUCUACGAUUGUGGUCCGGAGCAAUAACAGAGGUGUGGCCUUGAGGAACAAUGAUGUGAAGGCAGCCAUGGUUGGCGCCACUGAUGAUUUUGUUGUAUGGAAGGAUUUCCCCAAGCGGCUCAAGAUUCUGCUCCUCCAGAAAGAUGAGGCCUCCGCCGCCGAAACGAAAUCCAAACUCGAGGAAAUGGACUAUUUGGUGUCUUUGUAUCAUAGUGAGGAAGACGCACUGGAAGCAAUCUCGAAGGACGCUGAGAGCUUUCAUGUUUCUAUUGUGGAGGUGACGGCAAGCGAUUCCUGUGGCACUUUCAGGUUUCUUGAGAUGGCUCAGGACAUUCCUACCAUUGUUAUCUCGGAUGAACACUGCCUGAGCACCAUGAUGAAAUGCAUAGCGCUUGGUGCAGCAGAGUUUCUUCAGAAGCCACUCUCCGAAGACAAACUCAGGAACAUAUGGCAACAUGUGGUUCAUAAGGCCCUCAACGCAGGAGGCAGUGUGUUGUCGAAAUCGUUGAAGCCCAUCAAAGAUACCGUAGUUUCUAUGCUCCGAAUUCAGUCAGAAACAUCAGAGCACAAAAUUGAAGAGAAAGUAACAGAGAUUGAUGGCAAACAUGGUUGUGAAAAGACCAUGGCAAACGACAGGUUAUCAGCACCUUCAACUCCGCAACUGGAACGAGGAAGGUUCCCGCCAGACCGAGAGUUCCAGGAUGUGACAUGCUGCUCAGUUGCUAAAGAAUUGUUACAACCAAGGAAGUCUAGUAGCUCGGCGUCAAAAUCAGUCGAAAACACUUGUGAUAAUUCAAUCAGUGUUGCUAACACAGUGGAUGCCUUACCUUCCAAAGCCCAACACAUUGCAGCCGAAGAAGAGGUUAAUUCAGUAGAUGGUUCCAAAACUGAUGAGUGCAGCUCUGUUAAAGCAGGAUCUCUACCUUCCGACUUGCAUAGCGUAGAGAAUAUAGAAUCUCAUGCGGACGAUGUACAGAAGAAAAAAUCGGUUCUCGAUUAUUCAUAUUUAAAUGGUGGCAGAAACAACAGAAAGAAAACAAAGGUGGACUGGACUCCAGAACUUCACAGACGGUUUGUUCAGGCCGUAGAGCAGCUGGGAAUAGAGCAGGCAAUUCCUUCCAAGAUCCUAGAACUGAUGAAGGUGGAGGGUCUUACAAGGCAUAAUGUUGCUAGCCACUUGCAGAAGUAUCGGAUGCAUAGAAGACACAUUCUGCCGAAAGACCAAGAUAGGAGAUGGCAACCACACAGAGACUCCACUGCAAGGGGUUGCAUAUCGCGCCCGAUCUUGGCAUACCCUCCGUAUCAUCCCAACUGUGGUGCUCCGACAAAUCAGAUUUAUCCUGUUUGGGGUCAUCCAAAUUACCGCAGCCAUGGUGUUCAAAUGUGGGGGCACGCCGGUUAUACGGCAUGGCAUCCACCUCCACAAAGUUGGCCCUGGAAGACCUAUCCACUGGUUCGUGCUGAUGCAUGGGGAUGUCCUGUUGUCACCCAAUACGGCCAGUAUCGGAUGUCUUCACCGAGGUCUCCGAUGAGCAGUGACUUCGACAUGAAUGGAGAUAGAAACGAGAUGUUCAGAGAAUCCUAUGACCUCCAUCAGGUGGAGAUGAUCGACCAAUUGGUGAAGGAGACGAUGAGCAAGCCGUGGCUGCCCCUCCCCCUCGGCCUCAAGUCACCAUCCACCGACGUGGUGCUGGCCGAGCUCAACCGGCAGGGCAUCUGCACCGUGCCCCCCGCCACCAACGCCGCCUCUCCUGAUCCCAACGACUUCUGCGCGUGACACAGCCGCGCGGGGGGGGGCGGGGGGGGUGGGGGGUGGGCUCGGCCGACUCUGUGGCUCGCACCGCCGAUACGUGGCCGAUCACCUCGCGAGGGCAGUACGCGGUUGUCGAUGAAAAUAAAGGGGCUGCUGCUAAUGCUGUUGCUGCACGAGGAAGACAUGGUUGCCGGUGGAUUUGUCCUCUUGCUUGUUGCCGUGGGCUGUCCUUUUGGUCUCUCCCUCCGAGAACUAUGUUGUAUCUGCGUCAGCUUUCUGCAAUUAAUGCAGCACCGUAAGGAUGGAUGUCAAUUGCUGCAGAAAUGAUGACCCUAUUAAAUGGAAUGGAUUUAGAAAUCAUUUCCACAA